CUAAAAUUGAAACAUAACAUAUACCAAAUUUAUUCUUGUAAACCGUGAUCAUACGUGGUUCACGAGAAUGGAAAAACGCAUUCAGACCAUGGCUGAACACUGGUUUAUAAGACCACUUAUUAUAUGUUUCCUCAUGAUGACGAUGAGUUCUCAAGUCCGUGGCUCGGACUGGACCAACAUCAUAACUCCUAAAACUGCAAUUUCCAACGGAGCAGUUUGUCUGGAUGGAAGCCCAGCAACUUACUACUUUAGAAACGGAUCUGGAGAUGGAAUUGAUAAUUGGUUGAUUUAUUUGGAGGGCGGUGGCUGGUGUACCUCGAACAAGGGCUGUCUUGAGAGAACAAAAAUCUACACUGGAACCUCCACACUUAAGCCAAAGCGUAUGUAUUUCACUGACAUAUUGAGUGAAGACCAAACCAUUAAUCCAGAUUUCUAUAAUUGGAAUAGAGUUUUUGUUGCGUAUUGUGACAGCUCGUCGUAUUUGGGGGAUGUUGAAGCCAAUACCUACCCUAAUCGUAGGGGUGCAAGGAUUUUUGAUUCGGUGAUGGAGGAUCUGUUAGAUAAAGGAAUGAAGAAUGCCAAGAACGCCAUACUGUCGGGUGGCUCAGCUGGUGGAUUAGGAACUAUCUUGCACUGUGAUGGCUUCCGAUCACUUAUACCUAAAGCUAGUAGAGUAAAGUGCCUUUCUGAUGCUGGUUUCUUCAUCCAUGCAAAAAAUCUCCAUGGAGCCCAGGAGAGAGAACGCUUCUUCGCUAAUAUGAUUGCAUACCAUGGAGCAACCAAGCAUCUGCCUGCAUCAUGCACAACAAAAAUGAAUGCGAAUUUGUGUAUUUUCCCCGAAAACAUAGUGAAAGAUAUUCAAACGCCGCUCUUUUUCCUUGAAUCAGCUUUUGAUGGCCAUCAGCUAAGAGAGCAUUACUUUUCAAACGAUCCUACCUGGACCAAUUGCAUCAGUAAUUUAAAAGUCUGCACCCCAACUCAAUUACAAACGAUGAAGGAUUUCCGCACAGCCUUAAUAAAGACAUUGCGAGAAGUUGCCAAUUCUCCAUCUACAGGAAUUUUGGUUCACUCUUGCUAUCGUCAUGGACACUUCAUGGACCAAGGCUGGUGCACUACCUCACCUGCAUUGCGAAAAAAAAUUAAUCAGGCCAUUGCUGAUUGGUACUUCGAUCGAAGAUCUUUCCAAGAAAUAGAUACCCAUACUGAAUCGCCACGAAAUUGCACUAAACUUACGUAAAACAUUAGACAUGUCCAAAAUGUACUCUUCUUGUAUUAACAAAUGAAAAAUCACCAAAUAGAAUAAUUGGUGAUUUAUACAAGUUUAUCAUGUAAGCUUGUCCAUUUGUAAUAUAUUCUCUAUCAAAGGCCAUGCUUUAUGUUACAUACA